AUGUCGGACAUUCCAAAGAAAAACAACCCCCAAACCGCUCCCACUCCUCAAAAUACCCCAAUGAACAACGCUCCUAUUUCAUCGCAUGCUCAGCAACCUGGUGUUGGCACGAUUAAGGAAGAGGAGUUCGACCGCGCUACAGCAGCCUCCAUUUUCGCACAAAACCCAAAACUUGUCGAAAUGAUUCAAGGAAAGCUUGGCUCCCUUGUAGGCCGUUCAUCUGGUUACGUCGAAUCCCUCCCUACACCCGUCCGUCGUCGCGUUGCCGGCCUCAAGGGCGUUCAGAAAGAACAUUCGAAAUUAGAGGCCGAAUUUCAAGAAGAGGUAUUGGAGCUUGAGAAGAAGUACUUCGCCAAGUUCACUCCUCUUUACCAGAAGAGAGCUAAGAUCGUCAACGGUGAAGUUGAGCCUACCGAAGAGGAGAUUAAGUCGGGUGAGGAGGACGACGAAGAGCACGACGCAGAACAAGCCGAAAAGGUCGAUGAGUCCGCCGAGAAGAUUUCCGGUAUCCCAGAAUUCUGGCUGUCCGCCAUGAAGAACCAGGUUUCGCUUGCCGAGAUGAUCACAGAUAGAGAUGAGGCCGCCCUCAAGGACUUGACCGAUAUCCAAAUGGAAUACCUUGACAAACCUGGUUUCCGCUUGAUUUUCCAAUUUGCCGACAACGAGUUCUUCACUAACAAGACAAUCACCAAGACUUACUUCUAUCAAAACGAGAGUGGUUACGGUGGAGACUUCAUCUAUGACCAUGCUGAAGGUGACAAGAUCAACUGGAAGGAAGGCAAGGAUUUGACUGUCCGAGUUGAGAGCAAGAAGCAACGCAACAAGAACACAAAGCAAACCCGUGUCGUUAAGAAGACAGUCCCAACAGAGUCCUUCUUCAACUUCUUCUCCCCACCUAAGGCACCUACCGACGAGGACGAUGAUGACUUGGCUUCGGAUAUCGAGGAGCGCCUUGAGCUUGAUUACCAGUUGGGUGAGGAUAUUAAGGAGAAGCUUAUUCCACGUGCAAUCGAUUGGUUCACUGGUGAGGCUCUUCAAUUCGAGGAAUUGGAUGACGAUUUGGAGGAAGGCGAUUUUGAGGAUGAAGACGAUGAGGAAGACAUGAGUGAAGACCGUGAUGAUGAUGAAGAUGAGUCGGAUGAGGACGAUGAUGCUGCGAAGCCCAAGCAAGAGGCUGCUGAGUGUAAGCAGAGUUAGAUGAAAUUUUGAGGGUUACCGACAUUUUCACUCCCUGACUACCUUUCUAAAGGAACGACGUUCUUGGCCUAAGAGUACCUCCGAAGUGCUUUUGGCACACAAAGUCGUUCAGGAAGCAUAGUCCGCAAUUGC